AUGCAAAUGUACAAGGGAUUGCCGGUCAUCACCAAUAAGAUACCUGAAAUUGAAAGAAAUGGCAUUCCACACCAUUUGAUUGACUGUAUCGGCCUGGAAGAGAAACCGUGGACGGUUUCGGAGUUCGUAAAGGAGACCUCCCAUAUCAUCACACAGAUCCGAUCGCGUGGAAAGCUUCCCAUUGUUGUCGGUGGCACUCAUUACUACACACAUGCGCUUCUGUUCGAGGACGCAACCCUGGCAUCGGAAGUUGAGCAUGAUGGUGAUUCUGACGUGUCGGAUAUUGAAAAAGAGCGAAAGUGGCCAAUCUUGUCCCGGUCUACCGAAGAAAUCUAUGCCAGGUUGCAGGAGGUGGAUCCCGAGAUGGCUUCACGUUGGCAUCCAAACGACAGGCGCAAAAUCCAACGCUCGCUCCAGAUCUGGCUCACAAGCGGGAGGAAACCGUCGGACAUUUACGCAGAGCAGCAACAGCAUCGUCAAGCGGCCAAAGAAAGUGAGGACCAAAAUAAGUUGCAAAGUGUUGGGCAUCGCCUAGAAGGCCUGCGGUUUCCAACUUUGCUCUUAUGGUUAGAAGCCGAAGACUCUAUCCUGAAGGACCGCUUGAACAAACGUGUUGAUGCAAUGGUUCAAGAUGGGUUAAUUGAGGAAGCUCAAGGGCUAGUGGAGCUCAAAAAGAAUCUAGCUCACCAAGGUAUCUCGGUUGAUACAAGCAAAGGUAUUUGGGUUUCGAUCGGUUAUAAGGAAAUGGAGCCUUAUUUCGACCAACGAGCUACCGAGGUCGACUCAGAGCCUGUUUCACAGAAGCUACAAGAAGCCCUUGAGUUGGUCAGGGCGGGUACGAGACGAUAUGCCAAGCGGCAGAACCGUUACAUCCGCAUUCGUCUUGCAGACGCCCUCAAGGAAGCCAAUCAACUAGAUAAGCUUUUCCUGCUUGAUGGUACUUCUCUUGACGACUGGCAGUCGUCUGUUUUUAUCCCAUCAGCGGAUAUCGUUAAUCUUUUCUUGAAGGGGGAGCAGUUGCCUGCCCCGGCAAGUCUCUCAACCCUCGCCAUUCAGAUGUCACAAGCUAUUCUGGAAGGCAGAAUUGGUACCCAGAGGGUUUCCAGGAAAUGCGAAACCUGCCAGAAGAUUUUAAUGACUGACAAAGAAUGGGCGGGCCAUCUGUCAAGUCGUGGCCAUAAGAAGAACAUGGCUGGUGAGCGAAGGCGUAAAUUACCUGGGUCGAGUUCGCCGCGAGUGUCCACGAAUAUUACGAAGACAAUGCAAGACGACCCAGCCAGCCUGCUCACUUGA